AUGGAUGGGAUGCUCUGGAGGUUGGUUGCGUCACUUCCAAGGCUCUCGGACGGCUUGUUCGCGGUUUCACUCGUUCAUCACUUUACACCCACGCCCAGCGCACUAUCUAGAGUGCCUCUAUGGUCCUUUUUCACCGAAUUUUGCCAUGUCGAGUGCCACUUGAAGCUCAAGCAGUCCAAAGUCGCACCUCACAAAGACCAGACGCACAGCGGUGGUGAAUCACCCGUCGUUUUGCUUCGCAGUUUGCCCACCGCCGGUAAGACACAAGAUGAUAUGAGCUCGCUUGCUGACCUUCCUUUAUUCAUCGUUCCAAACGGCUGCGUCACUGCCAUGGCAAGCACGUUUCUAUAA